AUGUCGUCGCCGUGGCCCUUGGUCUUGAGAUCCUCCUGCGUUGGAUACUGUUCCUGGGUAAACGCACUGCCGUAUUUGGCUUUCAACGAGGCAUAUUUUUGGUUCUCCUGUGAAAUCAGCCGAUCACACAGGUCUAAGUUCGAUUGCACUUGCGACCGCAAGGUGGCUGUUUUGGACAGAUCCACGUUCGUGCCGAACACAGCACUGGCCGCUUGCAACACCUGCGGGUCGAUCGAGUCGUUGUCCAGCUGGUCGUCAGUCUCUUGCUCGGCCUCAUCCAGCAGCGAUCGCAGGUCAGAAAGCGAUUUAGGCAGCUGCAGAAACUCCAGCGUCGAGCUGAACUCGAGAUCCGCAAGCUCGCACUUCUCGCUCUCUGCCCGCAGAACCUUGGCCACCUCCUCAGAGUACAUGCUCGAGAGCUCGUGCACUUUCAAAGGGACAAUUUUCUCAAAAGCGUCUCUGCCCACGAUCUCGGUGAUUUUCUGGUCCGCAAUGGUGAUCGGCUUGGCACUCUCCAUCGGUUUUAUCUCCGCCAAAGCGGCCGCGCUCGGCACCAUAUCGUGGUAG